CAUCAUUUUAACUAAUCAUAUUUUGUAAGGCAAAGUUUUAGGUAAAAAUAAUAACAACACUACGAUAUUUAGGUGCGUGAUAUUAUCUGCGAUAACUGUGAUACAAGUUAUCGAUCGCAUAACUCAGACAAAGAAUUUGCAUUACAAUUUGAUAAUAUUUGCGCUCUGUAGUAGAGCAAAUAAGUUGUGUGAAAUGUGACCAAGAAUGUUGCUCCGAGCGAUUUCAAAAUUUAGCACUGAGGAGCAAACCAAUUAUGUAACGAGAUUGGAACAAGAUUUCGAAGUCGGGGAUUCACUGGGUGAAGGCGGUUUUGGACAGAUUAUCAAGGCGAGACGGAAAUGUGAUGAUAACGAAUUUGCGAUAAAAAUAAUCAAAUUUAAAUCCAAUUUGAAGGACAUAGAAACUACCAGAAGAGAAGCGAAUGUAUUGUCUGAACUUAAUCACAACAAUAUUGUGAGGUACUACAAUUCUUGGACUGUGACAGCAAACAUGCCGUUAGAUGAAUAUAAGAAGCUAUGUUCUGAUAGUGAAGAAUCUUUAAGCACAGAGGUUUACAGUUUAUCCACAAAGGGCUACAUUAGUGAAGAUAAUGGAGUCGAAGAAGAGGAAAACUCGGAAAGUGACGAAGACAGCUUUGUUGUUUUCCAGCCAGAACCUGAAUACAAAAAAGUAAAAUACCUCUUUAUUCAAAUGGAAUUGUGCGAAAAUAAUACUUUAAGACAUGCCAUUGACAAUGAUCUUUAUAAAGAUGAAAUCAAAUUAAGUAAAUAUUUUCGUGAAAUUUGCGAAGGUUUGUCAUACAUUCACAAAAGAAACAUCGUUCAUCGAGAUUUAAAACCAGAAAAUAUUUUUUUAACUUCAGAAGACGUUAUCAAAAUUGGAGACUUUGGAUUGUCAAAAAAGAUUUUACCUGAUAAUAAUCUUGAAUCAGUACAAGGUAAUGAAUUGCCAUGUGGAUCUUUAACUGACGUUUGUGGUACUCCUAUCUACAUAGCUCCAGAGCUACGUUAUAGAACAUCAUGUAGUAUCAAGAGUGAUAUUUACAGUUUAGGAGUAAUAUAUUUUGAAAUGUGUUCCAAAUCUAUGACGAAAAUGGAAAAGUCGUUAGUGUUUCCGAUUACAAGAAAAUACCUACAGGGGCUUAAUUUUUUGACCAGUAACUCUAAAAAGAAGUUUCUUAUAAGAAUUCUUUUACAUUUAAACGAUACUGAAAGGCCUACCUGCGAUGAAAUAUUGAAAAUAUUGAAUUCAGAAAAGUCUAUUGAAGAAAUGAAAGAAAUGAUUCAACAAAACAGAAAAAGACCUUAUCAACACUAUAAAAACUUCGAAAAGACAUUAAAGAGUGUUUGUGCUAAGAAAGACGAAAUAGUAUUAUUUAUAAGUCAAGCUAUUCAGAUUUUUGAGUUACAUGGAGGGCAAAAUAUUACUUUGCCUCAGUUCAUACCACCAUUAUACAACGCUUCUGAUAACUUAAUCAAUUUACUUAAUACACGAGGAAAUUCUGUUUCUCUAGCCAGCACUUCUACAAUUGCAUUUUCUCAUUAUGUGGCAUCGAAUAACAUCAAAAAAAUGCGUCGCUUUUCUGUGGGCAAGGUGUUUGAGGAAGGUGUCUUUUCGCCAAAUGAAAAACAAGAAUGCGUUUUUCAAGUAAUCAGUCCUGUAAAAAAUGAUCAUGUGGUAGAAGCCGAAAUGUUGUAUAUUGCGAAUGAAAUAUUCGGUAAAAAUCUACAACGUUCCGGUUCUCUUUAUUACAUCAUUAAUCACCGACUUAUCUUUUCGACAAUUUUAAAGCACUGCAAAAUGACAAACAGAAAAGCUGCUGAUUUUAUUAACCACAUGAAAAACGCUAUGUAUACAGGUGGAGGUCUUAUGAUUAACGCAGAUUUUGAGCUGGAACCUGAAGUUCGUAAGUUUUGUGAAAAACUUUCAGGCUUUUUUUCAAUUAAAGAAGCCGAAGACUGUUUAUUAAUGACGGACAACAAUGGUAAAGAAGCAUUUGAAAAAAUUUACACAAAUGUACUUUCAACUGCUUUCAAGCUGCUGCGAAUUGUCAUUGAAAAUGCAAGGAAAUUUGGAAUUACUUCUAAUAUCGUUGUUUGUCCACUUCUUAUAAAUGAAAGACACUCAACGGGAAUGAUGUUUAAAAUUAUGUACAUAUCCCGAAUUAUUGGUAGCCAUCCACCAAAUGUUAGAACAGAAGAACCAUCAAUUGUUGCAAUGGGUGGAGGAUUUGGCUCGUUAAUUCAAAGAUGUAAUAAAAUGAAAAAGAAAAAGAAAAAUUUUGUCUGUGCACUCUCUGCUGUUGAGAUUAGUUUUAACAUCGAAACUAUUUUAAAAUUCUUAAAAUACAAUUGCACCACACGAGUUAUUGACGUCUUAAUUGUGGCUCAGGAAAAAUCUAAUGCAGUUUCAUUGUUUAAAUUGCUAUUGUCAAAAGGAAUAAAGUCUGAAAUUGUGAAUGAAUUAGUUUUCUAUGAUACAUCAAACGAGCGACCAUUGUUUGUUGUUGAACUUUUUGGUGAAAAUGAUGGAGUCAUACUCGUAUAUAGCGUAGCAGAAGACACAAGCAUACCGUGGUCUUUAACUGAGGUUUUUAGAGGUAAUCUCACCACGAGGAAACUUUUAAAAAUUUGUGACAGUUCCGGUAAUUAAAACUUGACAUGUUAGAUAUACGUUACGAGAGUUAACAUUCUACAUACUUGUUAUAUCUAUUUUGGUUUAUUGUGGUUAAAACAGAUGUCUUAAAUAAAAGUAUUAAUAAAUAAGUAAUCACUUACUUA